CGUGUGGCAGCGUGAGGGAAUCUUGGCGCGGCGGUUGUUUUCCCCUUUUGCGGAGCGCUUCGGUGCGGCACCGACGAGCCCGGCUGCUCCCUCCUCCCAGGACCAUGGCGCUGCCCUGUAGUUGACGUUUGUUUCUCCUCCCCCUCACUUUCUUCUGCUCCUUUUCCUCCCUCUCUCUCCCCUCCGCCGCGUCCCGGCUCGGACGAGCGGUCGCUCCCGGACCCCCUGUCCUCUCCGUCUCCCCCCAUAGGAACAGGCUGUAAGGGACGCGCGGGCGGCUUGGUGCCGCACCAUGAACAUCAUCAUCGGCAUCGGCGGGGUCACCAAUGGAGGCAAGACCACGCUGACCCACAAGCUCAUGCAGGCCCUGCCCAACUGCAGCGUGGUGCAUCAGGAUGACUUCUUCAAGCCCCAGGACGACAUAGAAGUUGAGGAUGGAUUUAAACAGUAUGAUGUUAUUAGUGCCUUGGAUAUGGAAGCUAUGAUGAGUACCAUCAAUGCUUGGAUGAAAAACCCAAUUAAGUUUGAACGCUCACAUGGCAUCAAUAACACCUUGGAUGCCAAAAUAUUACAGUAUUCAGAAGAGAGAGAUGAAACAAUCCAUAUUCUUAUUGUAGAAGGCUUUCUUCUUUACACUUACAGACCAUUGAUUGAGAUAUUCCACCAUCGGUGCUUUCUUUCCAUUCCAUAUGAAGAAUGCAAGAGGAGGAGGAGUUCAAGGAACUACACAGUACCAGAUCCUCCUGGAUUGUUUGAUGGCCAUGUCUGGCCCAUGUAUGUUAAACACAAGAAAAUAAUGGAAGAUCUCAAAGUUGAUGUGGUUCAAUUGGAUGGAACAAAAUCAAAGGAGGAGCUGUUUAAUGAAGUUUAUGAACAGAUCCAGAACAAGAUUGAGAAACUACUGCUUAUGCAGAGAUAGACAAGAAGCCGAUGGAUUCCUAUGAUCUAAAAAGAAGCCUGUUAACACUAACUUACUUUUAUGCAUACCAUGGCAGUUGAGCUUCAGUUUCUGUUAUGAUUUCCUUUUUCACUUUUUAAAAUUGGACUUUGUUCAGCUUUCACCUGAAACUCAUGGAGUUAAAUAUGGCCUUGAUUAAAGCAUUUCCCCUCCAUGAAGUCUGUGUAGCUUAGUUCAUGCUUAAAGUUUGAGACAAGCUUCCAUAUCCCAGAUAUAGAGAAAAGUAGUUGUCCUUGGAAUGGGCCUGUAUUUUAAAUUUAUAUGCAUUUAUUUAGACUUUUUUGACUUCUUGAAUAUGGUAGCACACUUGCCAAUAGGAAGUACAAUGGCACUGCCAUUGUCAAUAAGUCCAUACUCUAAUUUACAGCUGUAUCCUUUCCACUAUUAACACUUCCCAAUCAACACUGAAGGAAAAGAGAACACUUGAGAUUCUAUUGGUCAGCACCGAAUGUGAUAGAGGAAUGUAAACUUGAAAUUCUCACUGAUUUUAAAAAAUGUUUUUUGGUGAAACGUAACUGAGUUGUGG